UCUCAAAGCCCCCAACUGUUUUGAAACGCGCGUGAAGAAAUGCAUUCUGGGAUACAGCAUGUAAACAUCAGCCAGAAAGCAGUCAGACGACAUAUCAUGACAUUUUAUACUUACCGUACUUUUUAACAGAUGUAUUUUUCAUGAAUUUGUCUUUUAAUAUAAACGAGGGACACUCGACUUCGCGCUUUAUCGGAAUGUGACUCUACUGUUUUGGAGAAGCAACAGUAGUUGUGCAAGUGGCAGAAUGCUAGCAGCUAUUUAGCUUGUGAAGUUGAUAGCUGAAUCACAUUCAUGCGGUCAUAGAUUCGUAUUUCAACGGAUUCGUCCAGUCUCCUUUCUAACCGGCAACCCAAACGCCUCCACCUGCAGUGAAGGAUGGGUGUAAAGACCUUCACUCACAACUCCCCCAGCCACAGCCAGGAGCUUCUGGACAAGCUCAACACCCUGCGCAGUGAAGGCCAUUUCUGUGACGUCACCAUUCGUGUACAGGGCCAGCUAUUCUCUGCACAUAAGGUAGUGCUAGCUUGCUGUAGCGACUUCCUUAAAGCUAAGCUGUCCGGAAAGCCGGCCGAAGAAGAGACUGUAAUCAUAGGGGAAGAAAACAAACACGUUUUAGAUCUCCAACACGUGACGGUUGCUGGUUUUGCCCCUCUUCUGGAAUAUGCGUACACGUCCACCCUGUCCAUUAGCACAGAGAACAUCAUCGACGUUCUGGCUGCGGCUAGCUACAUGCAGAUGUUCGCAGUGGCCAACACUUGCUCUGAGUUCAUGAAGUCUAGUAUUCUGUGGAACUCAGGAUCUUCAGGAGGAGGAGGUACUGGUAGCACCCAGCCCCCAAGUUUACACAGGCCCCAAGAGACCCCUGAAGGCCAUGCAAGUUGCACCCUUGCUCCUGUAGAUGCCCUCUCACCGUCCCCCGUCUCCUCGGAGUGCAGCGUACCAGAGAGACCCAUCCCUGUGUGCCGCGAGUCCAGGCGUAAACGGAAAGGCUUUGCCAGCCCACAACCAGCAUCCUCUACCUCUCCACAAGUCCCCAACCCCUCUCCCUCGUCUUCCUCCUUCCCAGAGAGUUCAGCACAGACUCUGGAACCAUCUCUGGCCUUCUCCUGGAAUUACCCUUUUGGAGUGGACCGGCGAUUUACAGCAGAAAAAUCGAAAUUACCAGAAGGUCUCCUGGAACCAUCUGGAGCCUCAGGGCAAGACUCCAGUGGACGGGCGCUGGUAGAGUACCUGUCCUGUGAGGGUCCACGUGGCCUGGGUGUAGGUGGAGCAUCUGGUGUAGAGGAAGAAGAUGACGAUGUGCAGGUGAAGGUUGAGCGGUUGAGCGAUGAAGAAGUGCACGAAGAGGCUUCACAACCUGUCAGCGCUCCUCAUAGUUCUCUGAGCGAUCAGCAGACUGUUCCUGGCAAUGACCACACUCAAGAAGAUCUACUCAUAAGCCCCCAGUCCUCAUCCAUCGGCUCUAUGGAUGAGGGGGUAACUGAGAGUCUUCAGUCCAUGCAGGGCACUCCAAAUACCGGCCACAUGGAAGAGGAUGAGAGGCUAGAAAAUGUCCAGUAUCCAUACCACCUUUACAUCAGCCCUUCCACCCGCCCAGGACUAAACGGUCCUGAACGUCCUUUCCAGUGCCCAACAUGUGGCGUCCGCUUCACCCGAAUACAGAACCUCAAGCAGCACAUGCUCAUACACUCUGGUAUUAAGCCAUUCCAGUGCGACCGCUGCGGGAAAAAGUUCACACGGGCUUACUCUCUGAAGAUGCACCGGCUGAAGCACGAAGGUAAACGCUGUUUCCGGUGCCAGAUCUGUAGCGCCACUUUCACUUCCUUCGGUGAAUAUAAGCACCACAUGAGGGUGUCUCGCCACAUCAUCCGCAAGCCUCGGAUUUACGAGUGCAAAACGUGCGGGGCCAUGUUUACCAACUCCGGCAAUUUAAUCGUACACCUGAGGAGUCUCAACCAUGAGGCGUCAGAGCUAGCAAACUACUUCCAGACCAGUGAGUUCCUCCUCCCAGACUACCUGAGCCACAUGCAAGACGAAGAGGGGUUGGGACACUUUGAGAUAAGCGAACAGACCUUCGAAGCCACUUCCUCCUCUUCUUCAGUUCAAACACCCGUCAUCUCCCAAGUCUCUUCUACCAUGAGCUACGACAACCACCAUCCUGUACCCCCAUCCCAAACCCCAAACGCCAGAUCGGGGCACGGAGGGGAAGGCACGCCAGGCGAUCACCUGAAGUCCACAACUGCCCUGCCAGACCAGGAGGAAGAUGAAGAGGAAAAAGAGAGAGAGGAAAGAAAGCAAAAGAAAACUCUGUCGAUUACAAUUGAGUGAAAAAAUCACAUUUCAAUGUUUUGUGAUCCUGUUGAACACACUGGGAAUGCAACUCGAUGUUUCUGUUUUUGACAACUUUACAUGUGGAUCAUACUCCUCUAUAUUUUAAAUGUGACCUUAUUGCCAACCCAUUCAUAUCUACAGUUGUAAUGAGUUUGGUUGCCCAAUUACCUAAUUUAUUUAAAUCUAUAUUUUGUAAUAAUAUGUAUAUAUUAAUUUUUUCUUUUAAAUAACAUAACAUGCAUCAAGUAAUUAAUUUUAGAAGAGAAAAGCGGCUGAUCUACUUUAUCUAUUGUUUUUAUAAGCUUUACUGCAUUACAUUGGACUCAAUGUACAAUUUUUUUGUGUGUUCUCUAUUUUUGUCCCAUACUUAAUGUGGCAACUUAACAAUUGCAAACUACCCUUCCAGCUGUUAAAAACCUGUUAUAAAGCAGGAAGCUGUGACCGUAAGGAUGUUUCCUAGAAAUGUGAAUGACUACCAUGUGUGUUGUGGGCAGAAACCAGCCAGACAGCUGUCAAGUAUGGAUCCCCCUAAAGCUGGAUUGCGGCAAUGAAAGUGAUCUUAUAAGCUUUAGUGUGUUGUUUUGAAUGAGUAUAUGUGAGAAGUUGAACCGUUUUGUAUCGUUUUCCCUGCCCUUCCUCUCUGCUGUAUGUAUAAUGCUGCUAAAUUUUGUAAACUUUGUGCCUCUUGCCCCGCUCUUUAGUUUGAUCUGAAGAGCUGUACAUGUUACACUUUUCGUUUAACAUUCUCUUUUGAUUACGACAUGUGGAAGAAAUGUCAAAUGGGUCACAUUUUAAUAGAGUGGAAGGAAGGUGAUAUUUUCAUAGCCGUUCUCGUUUUUAUUGCUGUUGGAAUUAUACUAUGGAAUUUUUCUCCAUAACUCCAUGCCGUAGUUGUAAUACCUUGUGAUUAUGGCAUGAGCCUUGAUUGAAGAUGAAGUUGCAACUGUGGAAUAUGUAGCAUUUGUCUGGCUCUGUGGUUUCGCAUAUCUUGCAUCCUCUAUGUGAUACGGCAAUCCGUCGAUUUAGAAGCUGCUUCAUUCCAACAAGUAUAGGGAACAAAGACUUUUUAAUACGCUUUGUGCAAUAUGGUUGUGGAUGAUUUACUUAAAUAAUGUGAAGUGAAGCCUUUUAUACUGCAGUGGACAAUGAGCUGAAUGGUUGACGGUAAUGAGGAUAAUGGGUUUGGGAAUAAGCUUAAAAAAUGGUGAACAGUUCUGAAACUGAAUUGUUAAUGUGUCCAAACAACAAAAGAAAACCAAAAUAGGGUUGGAUAUCGUUCUCUGAUGUCAUUUCCCUAAGGACGGCCUCGCUCAUCUCACGCUCCAUUUUUGCGCCUGUAUCUCAAACUGGGUUACUUCAUAGUCUGAGAGUUUGUAGUGACGCAUUUACCAUAAAACAAUGUUGGCUGCCUGCUCCAGAUUGCUCUGUGUGCUACUUGUGCAUGUUUUCCCUGUGCAGAACAAAUACGGGGGAAAUAAAUAUAGCAUGGGUUCAUUCGUUUGUUGAAUGUCGUUUCAGAUACGUGCAACUACCAUUUUGUAUGCAAGAUUCAAUCUUUGGUGUUCAAUUGUUUGAGCAGAAAGAAAAGUGGUAUUUCAGUAGUCACGAUGCUUUUUCAUAUUCUGUAUUGAUUACAGUUACCUUAAUAAGUGUCGAUUUGUACAUUUGUAAUAUGGAUGUGAGUGUGAAUAGUUAUUUGACUUGAGUGUCGUAGCGUUGGCUUUUGUGACAGUGUCUUGGUAUAUACUGUAUAGUCUUUAUUUUUUAAAGCCUAGCUUUAGUCGUAUCUCGUGCCUUUGGAUAUUGGAUCUGUAUCGUAUUUUAAUUGGCAAGAAAACAUGCAUUGAUAUGAAUUCAUAAUGUUUUGUAGACAGAAUGCUGACUUCUUAUGUAGCUUGAAACUUAAAAUAUUUUUGAAGUGCUAUUCGACACAUGGUUUAAACUGUAUGUUUUGUGUUUAUUUUCAUAAGACGAACGUAUUUGUCGUUUUGUAUGUCUUUGGUGGUUCUUAUCAUCAGUUUCUGUGCCAAUUCAGAUUUAUCGAAUGAUGUUUUGUAAAAACAGUACAAUUAAAGUCAAUUGUUACGGUCGAA